AUGCAUUAUGUGGGGAAAUUCUAAUACAGAUGACUGUAAUUUAAAGAAGCACAAUGAAUUUAAUUUUGGAGAAAAACGUUAUUCCUGUAGUAUAUGCGAUAAAAAGUUCAGUGAAAAAAGUCAUUUAAAUAGGCAUGUACUUGUCCAUAAUGGAGAAAAACCUUAUUCAUGCAAUCUGUGCCAUAAAACUUAUUUACGGGAAUCUAGUUUAAAAGAACAUUAUAUUGUUCAUACUGGUGAAAAACCUUAUUCAUGCAAUCUGUGUCAUAAAACAUUCGCAAGGAAAAUUCAUCUACAAGAACAUAAUCUUGUUCAUACUGGAGAAAAACUUUUUUCAUGCAGCUUGUGUAAUAAAACUUUCUCUAAGAAAGGAAAUUUAAAUAAACACUAUCUUGUUCAUACUGGAGAGAAACCUUAUUCAUGCAAUGUAUGUAAUAAAACAUUCAGUCAGAAAAGUAGUUUAAAUCAACACUAUCUUGUUCAUACUGGUGAAAAGCCAUAUUCAUGUAGUGUGUGCUCUAAAACUUUCACUCAGAAAAAAAAUUUAAUUAAACACUCUCUUGUUCAUACUAAAGAAGAACCAUAUUCAUGCAGUGUAUGUGAUAAAACAUUUUCUUCCAAAUCCAAAUUAAAAGAACAUUUUCCUGUUCAUACAGGAGAGAAGCUAUAUUCAUGCAGCGUGUGUAAUAAAACAUUUACUGAUAAAAGAAAUUUGAAUAAACACUGUCUUGUUCAUACAAAAGAAAACUCAUAUUCAUGCAGUAUGUGUGAUAGAACAUUUUCUCAUAAAUACAAUUUAAAAGGGCAUUAUCUUGUUCAUUUUAAAGAUAAGCCAUAUUCAUGCAGUGUGUGCAAUCAAACAUUUGCAAGGAAGCCUGAUUUAAAUCAACAUUAUAUUGUCCAUACUGGUGAGAAACCUUAUUCAUGCAGUAUAUGCAAUAAAACUUUCUCUAAGAAAGGAAAUCUAAGUAUGCACAAUUUUGUUCAUACUGGAGAAAAACCUUAUUCAUGCAGUGUAUGUAAUAAAUCUUACAGGAGGAAAGCUACUUUAGUGAAGCACUCUGUUGUUCAUACACACUAGAAACCUCAUUUAAUGUGUGUAAUAAAUCUUAAGAACAUCUAUACAAUAUAAAGGAACAUUAAGUUGAUAAUCCUGAAGAUUAGAUUUAUACCUGCAGUGUGCAUAAAGCCCUUCUUUUAAAAAAAAUAUCCAUUUUCUUAAACAUACUUAAUAUAUUACUACUUAUGUUGUGUAUGUGAUCAAACAGUCUUAGUAAAAGAAGUUUAAAUUAAGACUAUUUUGGAGUGGAGAGAAACUUUUCUUUUAUAUGCUGUGUUAUUAAACAUUUACUUAGAAAGGAAAUUCUAAUAAACACUGUAACAAAAACACCUGUUCAUACAAGAAAAGAACUAUAUUCAUGUAGAGUGUAAUAAAACAUUCAAAAGAAGGGAAAUUUAAAUAGUUGAGAAAAUUCUUUUAGAAAACUCGUCAAAAAUGAAAUCUUUUUCCUUCAAGAUAGGAAUCUAACAUUCUCUUUUCCACACUUGUGUAAAGUCUUUCUUUUAUUCUUGUGUUGUUUUUGAUAAAACAGGAAUAUUAGAUAUUGUUUAUAAAUGAAAGAAACCUUUUAUAUCCAUUGUUAUAAAUCUUUUUCAGUAAGAUCUAAAGCACACUUUUUGUCUACACUUAAAAAGAGAGGCCUUAUUCAUAUAAUGCCUCUGAAAAGAUGGAACAGUGAAAAGUUGUUUAAAGAAGUACAUUUUGAAAAGCAGCUUUGUUCAUAGAAUGUAAUAAAAUAAUGCACACGUGAAAGUAAUUUAAAUUACCAUCUUGUCCAUGCCUUACCAUGCAUUAUGUGUGAGAAUUCUUAUACAAGUGAGUGUAAUUUAAAGAAGAAGCACAAUGUAUUUCAGACUGAAGAAAAACUUUAUUCAUGCUGUUUAUGUGAUAAAAAGUUCAGAGGAAAAGGAGGUUUUAAUAGACACUCUCUUGUUCAUUCUGAAGAAAAACAUUAUUCAUGCAGUCUGUGUCAUAAAAUAUUCUUACUGAAAUUUAUUUUUAAAGAACAUUAUCUUGUUCAUAGAAAUAAAAAACCUUAUUCUUGCAGUAUGUGUGAUAAAACAUUCUGAUUAAUUCAACAGUUACAUGCUCAUAGUGAAGAAAAACCUUAUUCUUGCAAUGUCUGAGAAAAGUCUUUCAUACAAAAAUAGGAUUUUAAUAAACACUAUCUUAUUCAUAGGGGAGAAAAACCUUAUUCAUGCAGUUUGUGUGAUAAAUCUUACACCACCAAAUCUAAUUUAAAGAUACAUUUUCUUGUUCAUUUGGGAGCAAAUCCAUAUUCAUGCAAUAUGUGUGAUCAAACUUUCUCUAGGAAACAUGACAUUACAUUGUUCAUACUGGGGCAAAACCUGAUACAUGUAUUUUGUGUAAUAAAACUUUUUCUUAGUAAUGAAA